UUGGAUGUGCUCCAGCCCACAUCAUCAUGUUGCUUCGUGGCCUGUUCCCUUUGGUCUUGGUGGCGCUGGUUUACCCUCGAGAAGCAGACGGUCAAGAUUCUGGAUGUGGUACACCAAAGCAACAGACUGGUCUAAGCGGGACAUUCUCCAGCAUUAAUUACCCCAGUCGCUACAGAAAUGGUGCUCAAUGUACCUGGGUUAUCACCGUAAAACCCCGUUGGCGAAUUCGUAUUCAUUUCAACAGCCCUUUCGGAUUUGAAAGCCACGCCAAUUGUGCAUUUGACUAUGUCAGGCUGUCAGAAGAAGUAACAUCCACCAUAUCAAUCGGAAAGUACUGCAAUGGGCCGCCUACCAACGAUGUUAUGUCUCAAGAUAAUGAUAUAGUCGUGGUCUUCAAAUCAGAUGGCUCUACCACUGAUAUCGGAUUUUCAAUUCAAUGGACAGCAGUUGAACCGGAAGUUUCCGGGUGUGGUUCACGAUACAAACUGUCUGGUACAAGCGGCUCUAUCUCCAGCAUGAACUAUCCUAAUACCUAUCCCAAUAACGCAGAUUGCUCCUGGGUCAUAACCGUCCCGGCUGGAAUGCGCGUGCGUCUUGAUUUCGAGAAAAAGUUUGAAAUCGAACCAGGUCCACAGCAUUCCUGCAGUUUUGAUAACGUUGUUGUAAGGCAGAUAAAUGCAGCUGGAGUCGCGGGACGAAGUUACGUGUUGCUUGUGUCUAACGUUAACAACAUCGCUGUUUACUUCAAAUCCGACUCCACAGCGACCUUUGCUGGCUUCUCAAUUAGAUGGAAAGCUAUAUAUGCCUGCGGCAGCCCAGAGAGUCCACGAAACGGUACGGUAUCGCUAUCUGAUGAGGACAAGGUCAACAGUAAAGCUACCUACUCCUGCAAUGUUGGCUUUAAGCUUGUUGGAAGGAACCGUCAAUGUCAGACAUCGGGACGUUGGACAGGUGACCCGCCAAAAUGCCAAGAAAUACUAUGUCCUCCACCACCUGUGCCAGCGUACGGUACCAUGUCUCUGACAAAUGGAUACAGAGUGAACAGCAACGCGACUUACACGUGCAAUGAUGGUUUCAAACUCAGCGGAGGGAUUCACCGCCGAUGCCUGAAAUCAGGUCUUUGGAGCGGCAAAACACCUUCAUGCCAAGAAAUCCACUGCGGUACUCCAGACAAACCAGCUAAUGGUAGCAUGUACAUGUCGGAUGGAGACAGAAUGAACAGCAAAGCCACUUACAAUUGUGAUGAUGAUUACCAACUCAAUGGAAAUAGUGUCCGCGAGUGCCUCAGUACCGGGACCUGGAGUGGAGAAACGCCCACGUGCCAAGAAAUUCACUGUGAAUAUCCUGUCGUUCCUGCGAAUGGCAGUGUGUCCCUGUCAGAUGAAGACAACUAUAGCAGCACUGCGACGUACACAUGCGAUGAUGGAUUCCAGCUCAAAGGAGACGGUGUCCGCGAGUGCCGCAGUACCGGCAACUGGAGUGGAGAAACGCCGAUAUGCCAAGAAACACGCUGUGGUUCUCCAGGGUUGGUCGCCGAUGGCAGUGUAGACGUGUCAGAUGAAAACAAGAUUGGCAGCAAAGCUACUUACACUUGUGGUGAUGGUUUCAAGCUGAUUGGAACAUCAGAACGUCAGUGUCUCCGGACAGGGAACUGGAGUAGUGACAUUCCUGUGUGUGAAACCAUUCGUUGUGGUGCUCCACCCUUACUGGUGAAUGACAACGUUUCCCUCUCCGACGAUGACAAGAUAGGAAGCAAGGCAACAUACACAUGUGAUAAUAGUUUCAAGCUGAUCGGAACGCCAGAACGCCGGUGUCUCAAGACAGGAAACUGGAGUGGAGAAACACCGAUAUGCCAAGAAAUACUCUGUGGCUCUCCAGGCGCACCAGCCAACGCCAGUGUGUUCCUGUCAGAUGGAGACAGGAUGACCAGCAAGGCGAUGUACACAUGCGAUGAUGGAUUACUGCUGGACGGAGAGGGUGUCCGUGAGUGCCUCAAGACAGGGAACUGGAGUGGAGAAGUGCCAACAUGCCAAGAAAUACUCUGUGGCUCUCCAGGCGCACCAGCCAACGCCAGUGUGUUCCUGUCAGAUGGAGACAGGAUGACCAGCAAGGCGAUGUACACAUGCGAUGAUGGAUUACUGCUGGACGGAGAGGGUGUCCGUGAGUGCCUCAAGACAGGGAACUGGAGUGGAGAAGUGCCAACAUGCAAAGAAAUACGCUGUGGUUUUCCAAGCGUGCCACCCAACUACAGUUUAACCCUGUCGGACGGAGACAGAAUGAACAGUAUAGCAGUGUACACGUGUGAUAGUGGUUACAAGAUGAUCGGACAUCCAGAGCGCCAGUGCCUAAGGACAGGGAAGUGGAGUGGGGAAAUGGCAGUGUGUGAAGAAAUUCGUUGUGGUUCUCUGCCCUCGCUUCUUGAUGGCAACGUUUCUCUCUCCAUCGAUGAUAAGAUUGGCAGCAAAGCUACAUACAUUUGUGAUAAUAGUUUCAAGCUGAUCGGAACGCCAGAACGCCAGUGUCUCCGGACAGGGAACUGGAGCGGGGACACGCCUGUAUGUGAAGAAAUUCGUUGCGGUUAUCCUCCCUUGCUUGUGGAUGGCCGCAUGUCUCUAAGCAAAGAGGACAAGAUAGGAAGCAAGACCACAUACACUUGCGAUGAUGAUUUCAAGCUGAUCGGCACGCCAGAACGUCUGUGUCUCGGGACAGGCACCUGGAGUGGGGACAUGCAAGUGUGUGAAGAAAUUCGUUGCGGUUCUCUCCCCUUGAUCGUGGAUGGCCGCAUGUCUCUGAGCAAAGCGAACAAGAUAGGAAGCAAGGCCACAUACACUUGUGAUGAUGAUUUCAAGCUGAUCGGCACGCCAGAACGCCAGUGUCUCAGGACAGGCACCUGGAGUGGGGACAUGCCAGUGUGUGAAGAGAUUCGUUGCGGUUCUCUCCCCUUGAUCGUGGAUGGCCGCAUGUCUCUAAGCAAAGCGAACAAGAUAGGAAGCAAGGCCACAUACACUUGUGAUGAUGAUUUCAAGCUGAUCGGCACGCCAGAACGCCAGUGUCUCGGGACAGGAAACUGGGGUGGGGUAAUGCCAGUGUGUGAAGAAAUUCGUUGUGGUUCUAUGCCCUUGCCCGUGGAUGGCAGUGUCUCUCUAUCCAAUCAAGACAAGAUUGGAAGCAAGGUCACAUACAGCUGUAACGAUGGAUUCAAACUUAUCGGAAGACCAGAACGCCGAUGCCUUAGGACAGGGAACUGGAGUGGGGACAGACCGUCUUGUCAAGAAAUACGAUGUGGUCCCCUUGAACCACCAGCCCACGGCAAGGUGUCCCUAUCAGAUCAGGAUAAGUGGAACAGCCAAGCAACCUAUGUUUGUACUGUUGGAUACAGGAUGGUUGGGAAGACUGAACGUCUGUGUCUGGCGACUUGGAAAUGGAGUGGCACAACACCGAGCUGCCAAGAAAUUCGCUGUGGAAACCCAGAGGUGCCGGCCGGAUGCACCGCUUCCCUCUCGGAUGAGGACAGAAUUCGCAGCAGACUAACGUAUUCCUGUAAGAAAUGGUCCAACCUCGAGAAGACAGAACGUCUGUGUCUUGGCACAGGGGAGUGGAGCGGGACGGCCCCUAACAACCAAGGGAAGGAAGACCCAAGAGGUGGCGUUUCUCUACCUUCGAAGCCGAAAGUUGGCCCAGCAUCAUGGUCAAGCAGUCCUUAUAUUGAUGCUUAUCUUUGUACUGGCAUCGUCUUCAACAUAGUAUUUCUCACACUGGGUAUUUUCGGAACGUUUUAUGGUGUCUACAGAAUUUUAAAGUGGAGGAGAGGGUUGAAAAAGGACAGUCAAAAGCUUUCGUCAUUUAACUUUGACAAUCCUGCGUUCAGUUGUGUUAAAGAGCGAGAGACACAGAUUGCUGUGGAAUAGUAGGCUGAUAUGACCUGUGCAACAAACACAUUCAAACCCGUUUGGCAGUUUCGAAGAAAGAACACGACAGUUUUGACAAUACUCAAGAAGACCAGUUUAUCACCGGGAGCCCUUUACCUCUGAUACUUCACCCCGUGGGCCUUAAUUAUAAAGAACAUCUCGCAGUAGUUCAAUGAUUCACUCUUCACUAGUGGCAAUUCGAUUAUGCAAAGAGAUGCAAACCUCUUUGGCCGCUCGCCCGCUUUCAACUUUUACCAUUUAUGAGUCAUUUACUUAGGGCAGCAACAUAGAGAUAUCCUACAGUAUCCUAAAUUACCAUUUAGUUACCUUAUAUAGACUUACCAUUCGCAGGGUUUCAGCCAGAGUUGAAAUGCAAGUUUUAUCAGAAGCCACACUUCACUUAAAUGACACAGUAUACUUCAGUAUAUAAGGCAUGUUAUGAGAUAGAAUGCGAUAUAUUGGUAGGGUACUUAAAGUAUCAUGAGUCAGUACAAUGCAGUACAUAUAUCGAAUGAUCCGGAACAUUGGUAACCAUUGUUAUCACGUGGCAAUA